CCUCCCAUUUUUUUUACGGAAACGGAAGAGGUGGUGCACAUGUAAAGUGAAAUCUCGAAGCUAGCUCUCGUCUGCCCGAGUUAUUACUUUUUCAGUAAAUAAUUAUGGCGGCCGCGGAUCCCCGGUCCUUGAGUGACGGCGGGCCCGCAAACAGAGGAGAGUUCCCGGCUGGUGAGAGCAGCAACGAGCGCGAUGGCCCGGGAGGAAGCGGCGGAGAAGGAGAACGCGAGCCAGAUCGGGCCACAUUCGAAUGCAACAUUUGUUUGGACACAGCAAGGGACGCUGUCAUCAGCUUGUGCGGGCACUUGUUCUGGUACGAGCCGGGGGAUACUUUAGGUCAAUCGCGAGUACUAGGAAUGUUUUAGCCUGCUAACAGCUUACUUACUUACAUACAUAGCCAGCGGGCAUUGCCAUGUUUACCUUUUCUAACAAAUGUCAGUUUGCUAGCUUCUGUUCAAUAACAAGCGGGUUGUUUGUCGGAUCACACCCAUACGUCGAUGACAAGGUUUAUUUUUAUGUAGUUAAAUAUUAACUAGCUGGCUAGCAAGCAAGAUGUCUAACUUGAAGUCACUCUAGCUAGUAGAUAACAUUAAUCAUGAAUGAGUGUUGUUGGUUGGCUGAGUUUCAAACAUUAGCUAACCCAACCCAUCGAAAUAAAGUGUAUUUGACUGAUAUAUGCUCCUCACCUCAUAACUUGAUUCUCACAUUUUAUUAACAUUUUAUUCAAUUUAGCUAGGUAAAUUAGAUGGUUGUACAAUAUCGCUACCUGGCUUUAGUUGGUCGUAGCCCUUGAUCAUUACUCUGAGUUCCAUUACACAUAAGUCAUUGGACGAAGGCUUCUUAUGUAUGGGGGAGUUUCGCUAAGAGGCCAGACGCUCGGUCUGAACAUUAACACGAAUCGCUUUCCUUACGGUUUUGGAAGCGACAAAUAAUAAAAAGGUUAAAUGGAUACACAAUUUAUAGAGUUCCCACACGACCAUAUUACCAUGUUACAUCGCUUGUUUAUUGAAAACAGACGGAAGACGGAGUGGACUAUCUGUGCUAAUUAGCGAUCUGCGUCUCCGAACACCGUGUUAGCGAAAGAUGGAAGCUACAAACAUGUUGUUACUGAAAAUACUGUCAGCUGCAACUGUGUAUUUUGCAUUUGUGACAUUAUUUUGAUGUCAUGAAAGUAAAGGGAUUUAUGUUUCUAGAACCAUACCGCAAUUUAGAAUCGAUUGUGAGAAUCGAUAGAGUAUUUGGCUGUUAAGGCUUCCAGAGCCAAUUCGCUAGUCUGAAUACCAAUAUAUUUAGCAAACGUGCCACUCCUUGUCAUUGGCACAUGAUAUGGAGUACAGGGAGUGGAUUAGCUAAAGAGACUGGUACCCAGGCUACCAAUUCGCCUUUAAACAGAACAUGUAAGGUCCUUGGACUAAGGAGUAAUGUUAGACUCUUUUAGUCCAUUAUUUGGCUAUUAUGGACGUAACCUAGUUGGCUAGCUAUCAGCAUCUUGCCAAAAUCAUUAUUUUGGAACUUGAUUCAUGUCCCUUUUCAGCUGCACCUGUGUGCAAGCUACAGCAACAAUGUAUCGAUCUGACGUUUGCAAUGUGACAGUGAAUGCCUCACUUGCACACACCUGCUUGCUGCUUGGAGCUCAGUCAGUGGUUGAGGUUGAGUCUCUGCAUUGGGUGUGUUAAUAACUAUGACACACUCUGCUAUAGGCAAUGGAUAACUUUGGUGACCCUCACUCAUUCACUAAACAAUCAUUGAUUCUACCAAGCACAUAUUGUCACCAGUUUAGAUACUAGCCAAUAUUGACACCUAAAUCAUGUAUUACACACAGCAGGCAUUGACCUUCAAGUUUCUGCAAAGUUGUUGGCGCCAGUUGCAUUGUUUGUAUUGUAAACAUGCAUGUAGUUUGUCUCACUGACUCAUUCAUGUCGAGUUCAGUCACGUCUAUGGGGUUAAUGUCAGAUUAGGGGCAAGAGUGGGAUUGGGGUCAGAGGUACUAUCACUAUGAAGGAGUAAGAAUAGACCCACAGUGUCCACGACAGCAAAUACUCUCCAGUACAGUUGAUGAGCAAUGAGACUUGAUGGAACACACAUUCCUAAACUGUUCUCAAUGAAAAUGAAAAAUAGAACUAGAUAUUUUUGAAUAAAAAAAUAGAACUAGAUAUUUUAUGUACAUUAUUCAUGCAAAGAGGAAUAGUGUUAAUCUCGAUUUCCUUUAGAAAAUGGUAUCAGCUAGUGAGAAAUUAUUUGGAGAUGCGUGUCUCACUUAUACUAGAGUAAGUCCACUUGAGUACCCCUAUCCCUGUUGAGGAUGUAGGCCUAAGCUUCCAGUAGCUGAUAUUGAUAGUCUACGAGGGAGAUAGGGAGGCAGCAGGAGGAAGUCUCCUUCGCCAGAGCCACAGCCUAUAUUUGAAUGUAACAACAUAGCUGGAGAGACCUGUGGAGAGUAAGAGUGGUCACAUUUUCUGCAGAGCAGACACUAAUUUGACUACAGGAGCGUCUCAGUAGUCUGAAGAGGCUCCUUUCCUCUUCAUAGGCGUUGGCCUGAAAACCCAUUCUAGUUGGAAAUAAGCAUGUAUGGUGGAUGCUUAAAGAAAUUCGUUUUUCACUGACCAUAUCCACCUAAUUUCAAAUGAAAGGUAGGAGAUGGGAAUACCACUAAUCUUGAGAUUUCUUCUGUAUUGGCCCUUAUUAUGGGAAGGCAUGUCCUCUCUUCCUGAUGGAAACAUUGUCUGUUGGUUAAUACUAAGCUCCCAUAGACUCUGGGUCAAUAUUCAGACUUUGACCUGGACAGCGUUUCAUGCCUUCUUCUUUCCAUAGGGUGGUUAUGAGGUCAGACCCUGAUACAGUGGGAGGAAUGUUGCCAACCACCCAAAACAUGUUUUUGUAGUGUAAUCUAUAUACUGAUACAUUUACAUUUUUUAAAUUUUUAGUCAUUUAGCAGAUGCUCUUAUCCAGAGCGACUUACAGUUAGUUAGUGAGUGCAUACAUUUUCAUACUGGCUCCCCGUGGGAAAUGAUCCCACAACCCUGGCGUUGCAAACGCCAUGCUCUACCAACUGAGCUGUAGAGAGGCUUACCAUUCUUUUGUUACAGUGUAAUGCAUAUCUAUUGAUCCUCACAAUAUGUAGGCUACCAUUUGCUUUUAUAUUAAAAACUUUGCAGCGCAUGGAAUGCUUUACCAUUUCAAGAACUGAAAACCGUCUCCUCAACUUGACCUCAAUCAAUUCCUGUUAGUUAACAUUAAGGAUUCUCCUUUAAGUUGAAGUCUAGGUCAUAUAAAUGUUUUCUCAUCUAAAAAUAGGCAAGGUCACACUUGGAAAAACUACUAUAGCUGAAUUCAACAUUUUGAUUUGAGUGGUAAAAGUUAGCCUAUAACACCUAGGUAAUUAAUGUAGGGGUGACUCAUUGCUCUAAAUUUGGUCUCAUUUUAUGUUUUGUUGUCCUCCAAAGUAAUGUAACUUGUGUAAUUGACUUUGGUUAGCCUAUUUUCUGAAGGGCAUCAGAUAAAAUACUGCAACAUAACAUUACUUAAGGAUAAGAUAGCCUAAGUGAAGUGAUAAGAUAUGGGCUUUCUUGAUGUCUGACACUACUCAAUAGAGGAGGGCUCAUUUCAUUGUCAACCCUCCAGUCUUCUCCAUGCACUAAAAUAUUGCAGUGGACUGUCGGUGGCUAAUCAUUUAAUGGAAAACAUCAGUUUGUAUCUGAGACUGCAUUAGGCUAGAUUUCCCUGACGAAUGUCUCAUUUCCAUCUAAUUUAGAGUACACAAUUCACCUGUCUCCCACAGUCUAAUGUGCUGUCACUACUUCUGCUUUCUUUCCACUGUUGCCUAAAUGUAAGCUCUUCACCUGGCAAAACUCUUAAAGCCCUCCCAGAACCAUGGUCAACUGCCCAGCUCUACAAAUGCUGUUUAUGCUCCAUCAAGGCCACAAACAGGUUACAGAAUGCAAAUCUAUGGCAGGCUAGCAGCCCAUGUGUUGUCACCGUAGAAAACUAGAACGGGCAGCCCCAUUUCACCAUUGUCUUAGGGGCUUUGAAUGUUCUUGUCCUUCUAUUUCUAUGGUUGUCACAUUCCCGAUAGUCCUCUUUGUAACCAUGGUUUUUGGAACCACCAAUGCCGUGCUACGUUACAUGUAUCACCCUGCUGUCCCACAGUGCAGCAAUCUGCAGCAGCGAGGCGCGAUGGUGCUAACGAGUGAUGACAGAUGGAGCUAAUUAAAACUAACGAUGGGGAGCCGGGAUGAUUUUAGUCACUCGGAUCGUUAAGAUCAGAACAGAGGAACCAGAUGCGCCCUGUAAGUGGGGGCCUACUGGAAAACAAAGCGAAUAUGGAUUCCAAAAUCUAGCCCACUAACUAGGCCUAUGGGAGAAUCUCAAUUGCAUACUCCUCGUGUCCCCUCUUCUCUCCUCCUCAAAGCCAAUUGGAGGAGAAGGUCAGAUGGGAGGGACCUCUGGCUUUCUCAUCCAUUGGGUUUUGAAAAGGAGACGAGGAGAGAGGAAGCGAGGAGUAUGCAAUUGAGAAUCCCCCUGUGUGUCAAUUCAGACUCCAAAUGUCACAAUGUUUCUAAGUGACACCAUUCAUAAUACCCACAUUAAUCUCUUUCUCCUUCUCUCUUUCACAGCUGGCCCUGCCUUCAUCAAGUAAGUAUGCCAUUUAAAGGUGUUGUUAUCUUUAGUUUCACAGUACUGGUAAAUAUUAGGCUACACUUUUCCUACUGGUUGAAACCAGCCCUCAGUCCUUGUCCCAUGACAUGACCUGAGACCAACCUUGGUCAGUCAGUUGACUUAGUGCAGCUUAAAGUUGAUAAUUUUCUUAAGGUCCCAUUCAUUACACUAGUGUUUACUGUGAACCCCCUUUUGUCCUCAAGGGGCUUUAGAUUAUAGCACUAGCUGUACAUACAUUGCAACAUGAUUAGUAUUGCAUAUCCUUCUCAUUUAUUGUCUGAGAAUAAGUCAAUGUUUUUCUUUCAUUAGUUACUGAGCUAACUCUGUUGAUAGAAUAAUGUCAACACUACUGUCUUCAGUGCCUUGUGUACCCAUCUGUUCGUAUUUGACACUGUUUUGUGCUCUAUUACACAAAACUCUCUUAUAUUGCUGACACACAAAGUGCAUGGUAUAAUUAGGAAUUAUUUUGCCCCUUUUUUCUUCUUUGAAUAAAUCAUUCUACUACAGUGUAUUGAUUCAUCCUUUUACAUAACACACUACAUCACAUAGAUCUACCCUGUGUGUUGCACAUUGUAGUAAGUCAGUGCAUGCCAAUAGACUGACAGUAUUGAACAGACAGUAAAGUGGCUUCCGUCUCAGUCAUAUGAUCUCUCUUUCUCUCCCCUUCUCUGUCUGUCAGUGGUUGGAGACACGGCCCAGCCAACAGCAGUGUCCUGUGUGUAAAGCAGGCAUUAGCAGAGAGAAAGUCAUCCCCCUCUAUGGCAGAGGGAGCUCCAGCCAAGAGGACCCCAGGUACACUGUGUGUGUGUGAGUGUGAGCGUGCAUAGUUGUACACAUGUGACACUGAGAAACUGCAUUGGUUAACUGGUGUUUCGUCCUCCAGGUUGAAAGCCCCGCCUCGACCUCAGGGACAGAGAACGGAGCCAGAGAGCAGAGGGGUGAGGCUUUCUCUCCUCUUCAUCGCUUACAUUUUAAUUAGUUUAAUAUGACAUUUAUUACAUGGUUAUUUGUGUGUUCGCUCUAUUUGAGUGAACCACUAUUUCUUUCUUUCCUCCUCUUGCAGCCCUUCCAGGGGUUUGGGGACACUGGCUUCCACAUGUCCUUUGGGAUCGGUGCCUUCCCUUUCGGCUUCUUCACCACAGUCUUCAACACCAAUGACCCCUUCCACAGAGCAGGUACACGCACAUAGAAACACAUACAGACACCCACACAACCAUCAUUUAUUCCUUGACGCGAUAGCUAUUGGCUGAUCAUUGCAAUGUUAUCACUGUUCCCCCAGACCCAUACGCAGCUGAUCACCAAGGCAACGUCAACCCUAACAACGGCAACAACUGGCAGGACUCUCUCUUCCUGUUCGUGGCCAUCUUCUUCUUCUUCUGGCUGCUGACUGUGUGAGGGAGAAGAUGGAUGGAAGGUGGAAAAGGAGAACUGUAGGGAUAUAAAAAAAGCUCAUAAGCAUAUACACACGCAUACACACACACACACACAUAUCAAAACACCAGGAACGACCAACUGACUGGGAGACUUUAGACUAUAGAUGGGUGUUGGUGGGAUGACUGGCAGUUCACUCUUAGAAAGUGAUAUCUAAUGCAGCAAACACAAACGAGUGAAAAAGAUUUGUGUAUCCCCCCAAAUGAUUUACGAGAUUCAUUCGGAUAGAGAGAGUACACUGAGACACCACUCUGUGGUGGUGGAUGAUACCCAAACGUGAGGGUGAGGAAAGAGAAGUCAAUCUAUUGAUCUUUCUCUGUGCAUUUGUACAUAAAUACUCACACACACACACAGUGGAUACCUGGGUUGAGGGGUGGGGGCUGGCUUUUAGGGAUGGGACUGGUAUAUAGACUGGAAUCAGUGUUGAGAGAUAAUAGCCAAUAUGAAAUGAUUGGAUUGAGUUAAUUGUAAAUGAGGGGAGUUUGACAAUGAUCACUUUAAGUAACUUUACUGUACCGCAAGACCUAUGUAAUAUGUGGUUAACAUAGAGCUACAAAAUGGAAUCAAAAAAUUGCCCUGUGAAGCAAUUUCAGGUUUAGGCUAUUCCCCAAAUAUAUUAGAACUUGUUUGAGUUUUAAGGGAGGAUGACAAUGGGAUUAUAAUCUGAUACAGACACUUUUCCCAGGCCAAAGAGUAAUGUAUCACUGUCAAGUACGAUUUUGGGAAAAUGUAUUUGAAUACUCCUGUUUACAAUUUAACUGAUGAAAUCAUUUUAGUCUGUAGAUUUACGAGCAUAAUUAAUGAAUAUUCUGUAGGAUGGUGUACAGACAGGUACAAUAACAACGUUGCAUAUUCUCUUUACAAACUGCCAUUGCACUGUGAAGUCAUAUAGAGAAGACAGACCUAAUAAUGUGGAUUGGAGCUAUAGUGGAUAUAACCACACGAUUUAAGAGUUCUUAGUCUGUUAAUCUAUAUGACAAACGCUGUAUUGUAAAGAGCUAUGGGGAUAGUGUAUGGGAAGGCUGGAGUGGGCAGUAUUGUGUACAGUUGUGCUCUGGAGAAUUCGCCACAUAUGAGUAAAUACUGUAUGACGUCACAGUAUUCUCUGGGGACAGUUAUUUAAAUCUACAACUCAAAAUGAUCUGGAACACAACACAGGAUCCUUUUGAUCUGUAUUAAAUGUUCUGAAAACCUGUCCCUGGGGGCUUGUAGCUGGGCACAGUGCUACAAAGGAAAAUAUGACAGCAGAGUCACGUUCAUUAAGGCACAACAUAGCAAAACUUUUGCAACAGAAAAAUAAAACAAGUGUUUAUUGGACAAAUUGAGAUUGUACCUCUGUUUCACAGUUUUCUUCCGUUUUGUGCCUACUGAACACGACCCAGGUGCAGAAGUCAAUGCAGUGUUUGGCAGAUCCUUUUUGACUUAAGUCAGAAUGAGUAUUUGAUGUCAUUAUCUGCAGCUAAGAAAAUAACAUGCGAUGAGCAACAUGAACUGUGCCCAAUGUGAUGACAUGGACUAUUAUAAUUGUAUGAUUUCUAUUGCAAUGUGUUUCUCCUGAUUGUAAGUGUUUGUGUGUCUGUCUGUGGGUCUGUAUAUACAUUUGUAUAUAUGAAUAUUGUAAAUGCUGUUUUUACGUAUUUCCGAAUGACCAGCCAUGGGAAUGAGACAAGAUGUGAGAUGGCUCGAGUUUAACCAGGCAACCUGGAAAGCAUAUGUCAUGAUGUAGCGGAGUCCCCCUCUUCCACUCAGUGAAAGACAAGUUACACUUCUGUACUCGUACAAUGCACUCUAACCUAUCUGACCAAUAUAUGAUGCACAUAUGAGCCAACCAGAGGCGAGUGAGCAGUGUAUGAAAAGGAAACAGUAACUCCCAUUUCACCCUACCCAUUUCAUUUUGAUACAACUCCUGUGAAGUAAAUGAAAUGGGUUGAAGAUCAAGAGUGUCCAGGAACUCUGUAGCACCUUACUAAACAACACCAGCCCAAUAACAUCCAUGCAAGAGGUUGAGAAAAGGAAGGGCUGUGGGGGGCACGAAGUGAUGGAGGAGGGAGGUCUUUUUUGUGAUGUACAGGUGAAGUCAUUUCUUGCAUAUCACUGUCUGAUCAAGCUAGGCAUUUGUAUUCUGAAUAUUUUGUGACACUAAACAAAUGAUGGAAAUGACAUUUGUAUUGCAAGUCUUUUGCUAGACGAAACAGUGACACAUUGUGCAAAACCAAAUGGUCACGGAGCUGUGGAAAUGUUUUCCUGCACUCUGAAUAAAUAGUUGUUUAAUACAUUUAAUGUA